AUGCAGUGGCUCGCUGAUACCAACCAGCUCGGUGAGUUUUAUGCUGAGGUGCGACGUCUACUCGGUACGUCCUCUAUGGCGAAAGUUCCACUGAAUUCAACUAGUGGUGAAGCGCUUUUUAAAAGCAGGGAGGAAAUACUCGAGCGUUGUGCGGAGCAUUUCAACACCCUACUCAACGUGGAUCAUUUUGUUGACCUAGAACAUGUUCGCUGUCUACCUCAGCAAACUUUCGCCCUCGAGCCCGAUGAGCCAGUCUUGCCUGACAAGGUUGCUCUUGCCAUUAAGCAACAGCAAAAUAAACGCGCGGUUGGUGUUAAUUAUAUACCGGGUGAAUUAUUAAAGUAUGGCGGUGGGGAUUUGUAUUCGGCGAUAUGGGAACUUUUUGUCGUUAUGUGGGAAAAAGAACAAGUCCCUAAUACUUUUAAGAUUACAGUAACGCAAUCGCUCCUGUUUAGCGGCAACAAAAGGAAAAGAGAGUGGUACUUCCCCAGAUGGACUUUUGGCUAA